ACACACAAAAGCAACUCGUCAUUCCUACGCUCUCGGUCAAAUGGGCGGAACAGGUGCCUGGCAGGGGUGUCCCAUCGCUCAAGAGAAAUGUAUUUUACCUGCGGCGAGUAAUACGUCAGGUAGUUGCAAAUUAUUCAACCUUUUUUUUUUCAGUUGUAGAAAGAGUAGUAAACCUCUAGACACACGUGUGUGUAUCUUAGCUGUUGUAUUGCGUCAGAAAAUGAGCCGACCGAAAGAAAUGAAACAGACGUUCAUUGGAUGCUUAGUUCCGACAGGUUGCGUUUGUGCUAUGUAAACUAUGGUCGUUCGAAAAUGUCUAGAGCGCUAAUGUAUUACCUCUAGUAUCAUUUUCAGUUAUUUUUUUGUGUGUUGGAAAGAUAAGCAGAUGGUUUUGGGGGGAGGAGUUUUUAAGAAAGACGUGAAUAAUUACGGAGAGGUUAAAAGAAAACAAAACAAAGCAGCAGGAAGAUGGAAGAAUGACGUAAAGAAAAUUUUUUGUUUUUUUAAAAGAAAUGCUUAUAUAGAGUCAUCAACUGUUGGACGUGCACAUAACGGUCUCGUCCAUUACCAUGUACAAAAGAGAUGGGUCUUGUUUCGUCAGUUUUCAAGUCCCGUUUCUUUUUUGUUUUUGUUUUUUCUCUUUUUAAGGUAGAAACUCAGAAACAUCACAUGUACACAUCAGCGUGUCCUUUCCGUUCGAAUUCUAAUAAGCGGUUCAGUUGUAGAUAAACUUUUUAGGGGGGGUUGAGAUGUCGGUAGUCUACCGUCUGCUGCGUUUUCCAGGGUUUUUUUUUCUUUCUUGGAUGAAAUGGAACACGACGACGUGGGCUUUUCAUCUGUCGGCAUAUGCUUUUAAAACAUUUUCACAGUUGUCGAGAUGAGGAUCGUCAAUCUUUUUAGCCGCCGUUAGUAUGAGGUGGAUAUCUGUGUUGUACGUUAUGCUAUGCCGUGUAUAUCAGGCCCAGACGCGGGGGAACAACGGUUUCCAUCCACUGAUAAUAACAUCUUUUAGAAACAAAUUUAUAGCCUCAAUUUUUACGACAAAAGAACGCAUCUGGAGAUAGUUUCCGUCGUUCACAAGUAGGUUUUGGAAUGCUGACAGUAGUUACGUUUUUAAAAGGGACACGAAAACCGCAAUUGUGAUGCUUGAAUAGUUAAACAGGUAUCCCGUCCGUGUCAGAUUUGCUAGUGCUAAUUGAGUGGUUUUUUUUUUUACAAGGUAAUAUUUUUACUGAAUCGAAAAAGCAAGUGUUGGGAUUCAAUUUGACAUCUGGCAAUGCUGAAUACCACACGGAGCUUUCGUUAGCAGACGAAAUCACUUGAACGACACGUUUGUCUACAAGUAUAGUUUUGUACGUGACAAAUCCAACAAGUUUCCGUCUUUCCAAUUGUCUCGUUUAGAUUUUUGACUAUUUUCAAGCUCAUUACAUCAUGAAUUGCUAACAUUUUGGUCUGUUAAACCUUUUUUACGUUGGGAACCGAACAGUUUUUGUUGUAGAUUUGUGUUGAGUUGCUCGCGCGGCCCACACUUUGACAUGAGAAUGACAGAUUCCUCAUCACAGAAUAAUAACGAUAGUACUAACGGUUCUCAUGGCAAGCGUCCUGCGCAGAGUAGUGGAAGCUCCGGUGCCUCUUUCCCUAAAAUAGUGAAGUUUAAUGGAAAUAUACAAAGAACCCCAGGCAGAGAUUUAGAUGCUACCAAAAGACCUGCUCCAGCGCAUUACUCCAGAGAGGAUUUACUAGCCCAGAAACAAGCUUUACCAAUUUAUGCAGUUAGACAAAGACUAUUGGAAGAACUCAGGAAACAUCAAACAUUAAUCAUUAUAGGAGAAACUGGGAGUGGGAAAACAACCCAGAUCCCUCAAUUGAUUUUUACUCAUGGCAUGACUGAAAAUGGUACAAUUGCAGUCACACAGCCUAGACGAGUUGCUGCCAUUACCCUUGCCACAAGAGUGGCACAGGAAAUGGGUGCUCAACUGGGCACAACAGUUGGCUACACUGUGCGCUUUGAAGAUGUUUCUAACUUUAAGACCAAAGUCAAAUUCUUGACUGAUGGUAUGUUGCUUCGAGAAGCCAUGUUGGAUCCCUUACUGAAGAGAUAUAGUGUCAUCAUCCUGGAUGAGGCCCAUGAAAGGACCAUUCACACAGAUGUGUUGUUCAGUGUUGUGAAAACCGCCCAAAAAAAGCGGGCUGAACAGGGAAACAAUCGUUUAAAAAUUGUUAUCAUGUCUGCUACCAUGGAUGUUGAUCAUUUCAGCUUGUACUUUAAUAAAGCUUCCGUAGUCUACCUAGAGGGACGGCAAUUCCCUAUCCAAGUUUUUCACGCCAAACAAAUUCAGGAAGACUAUCUUUUUAGUUCGUUGGUGACACUCUUUCAAAUUCACAAAGACGCUCCAGCUGAUCAUCACAUUCUUAUCUUCUUAACGGGUCAGGAAGAAAUCGAAGCGUUCGCCAAAAGCGCUCGCACGAUAGCUAAAGAUCUGCAAGGUAAGUAUGCUAAUUUAAAGGUUUGCCCGCUGUUUGCCAAUUUACCUCAAAAUCAGCAAAUGGAAGCAUUCAGCAGUCCGCCACCCAACACUAGGAAGGUGGUACUAAGUACAAAUAUUGCGGAAACGUCCGUUACAAUCGACGGUAUACGCUACGUUAUUGAUUGUGGUCGUGUCAAAGCCAGAACUCAUAUGCCAGCGACAGGUAUGGAUGUCCUUAGGAUACAAAAGAUUGCUCAGGCUCAGGCUUGGCAACGAGCUGGGAGAGCAGGUAGACAAGCUGCCGGCUUUUGCUAUCGUGCCUAUACAUUAAACGAAUUCGAGAAAAUGGCGCCAAAUGCUAUACCUGAAAUUCAGCGCUGCAGUUUGACUACAGUUGUGCUUCAACUCCUGGCCUUGGGUGUUCAAGAUCCACUGCAUUUUGAUUUCAUGGAUAAACCACCGACCGAACUAAUCGAGGGAGCCAUGAAAGAACUUCACCUGCUGGGUGGGAUUCAAUCGAUAGAUAAACCUGUCCUGACGGAAAUAGGACAGCAGAUGGCGGCUUUUCCGCUUGAUCCGCGCUUCACCAAACUCAUCCUAGCAUCUAAAGAUCUUGGAUGCACGGAGGAAAUUGUGAGCAUUGUAGCGCUGCUAUCGGCCGAUUCGAUCAUGGUGAACGCCUCUGCCCAACGGGAGCAGGCCAACAAUGUCCGUGCUAAAUUCGCGUCUUCCGAAGGCGACCAUAUGACUCUGCUCAACAUUUUCCGCGCCUUUAGAACAGCGAAACAGAACAGAAAUUGGUGUUUCGAGAACUUUGUCAAUUACCGCAAUUUGCUGUACGCCGUUGAAGUGCGAAAACAGUUGGCUGAGUUGUGCGAACGAACCAACAUCCCGAUGAAAUCAUGCAAUCCACAGACGGAGCCUAUUCGUCGCUGUCUUUUGGCCGGCCUGUUUCUUUCGGUUGCCGAGUACCAACGUGAAGGACAUUAUCUCACUCUUGGAUCGCGUCAAACAGUGACCAUCCACCCAUCGUCCGUCCUUUUCCACACGAAACCCUCUUGCAUCGUUUUCACCGAACUCAUACAGACGGGCAAACGUUAUGUACGUCAAGUGACGCUCAUAGAUCGGGACUGGAUCGAAGAAUUGCCCAAAGAGACUCUUCUACAGCUGCGCCAAACAUUUCGAGGGACCGUCAACGGACCGAAUCGCAGUUAACGGACGACAACGUUCUUAUUAUUUUGUUCAACCACAUCGGCAAAGCCAAUACAUCCAUUAUGAAAAUUA